CAGACCUCUCUUCCAAGGUGCCUCUGGGUGGACUUCAACCUCCAACCUUUCUUUCAAGUAACAGCUAAGUGCAUUGACUGUUUGCACCAGCUGGUGAUACAAUGCAGAGUCUAUCGAGGAGCUCCCACUGUAGUCCAGGAGCAAGAUUUACAAGGUAUUAUUGUUUGGAAACCCUGGUGGCGUAGUGGUUAAGUGCUACGGCUGCUAACCAAAGGGUCGGCAGUUCGAAUCCGCCAGGUGCUCCUUGGAAACUCUAUGAGGCAGUUCUACUCUGUUCUAUAGGGUUGCUAUGAGUCAGAAUCGACUCCACGGCACUGGGUAUUGUUGAGCAAUAGUUAAGAGCUCAGCUGCUAAACAAAAGGCUGGCAGUUCAAAUCCACCAGCUGCUCCUUGGAAAUCCUACAAGGCAGUUCUACUCUGACCUAUAGGGUCACUAUGAAGUGGAAUCGACUUGAUGGCAAUGGGUUAUUUACAACAUAGGUAAAAAAAAAAAAAAAGUUGAAUAGAGAUUUACUGACCAUCAGCCAUGUGCCAGUGACAGGAAACAAACAUGGAUAAGACGGUGUAUACCCAGGGCAAUGGGGACCCAGAGGAAGGCAUAGUUAAAUGUGUGCAUGUUUUUGUGUAUUGGGAGGAGUAGGGGAGAAUUAUCAAGGAGGCUUCAGACAGGUGGGGAUAUUAGAGCUGAGCUUUGAAGUGGAAAAGGAGGGGCUUAGAGGGGAGGAAAGAGGAAGGGUAUCAGAAGCCAAGGAGAGUAAUGGUGUGUUUUGAGAUUUCUGAACAGUUUAAUGGGAUGUGAGGGGCAGAGUGGCAAGAGGCAAGUGUGGAAGGGUGAGUAGGGGCUGGAUCAAGCAGACUUGUGUAGGCCAUAUAGCAGUUUAGCAGGAGUUUAGUGACAGCACGUAGAGCUGUAAAAAAUCAAAUUUACAUUUUUAACUACAGGCAGAGAGACCAGUAAAAGGGCCGUGGCAGUAAGAAGUUGUGGGUAAGAGGUAACCUGGAUCAAGUGAAAGUGAGAGCAGAUACAUGUACAUAAACACACACAAAGUUUUAAGAGGAACAAUCUACAGAAUUUGGUGGCCGAUUAGAAGGGGGUAGGAAGAAGAGUGAGAUGUCUAGGAUGUUCCCAGUAUUCUGGCUGGGGUUAUUGAAUGGCUAGUGGAGCCGUUUGCUGAGGCCACUGAAGAGGGAGAGCUGGUUUGGACACACAGAAUUUGAGGAGCCUGGGGGAUGUCUAGGUUGCAGGAUCGGAUGGCAGUUGGAUCUGAGGUGGAGACAGAUUUGGGAGUCACCAACGUAUGGAUGGUUCUUGAAGCUACAGUAGAGGAUGAGGUCAUCAGAGGAGACUGCAUAAAAAUGAGAAUAGAAGGACACCUGUCUCAGAGGGCUGAGGACACCAGUGUUUAAGGGAUGGGUAGAGGAAAAAGUCUAUGCAGGAGACUGAGAACAGUCAGAGAGGGUGGGGGAAAACCACAAAGGGAAACGGACUGAGAAGGAGCAGCCAGGCUCAUGCUUACUACCUCACCCCAGCAGCUAGGUUGGCGUGACUUCAGGCACCCCACUCUGUCUUUCCGUGACUCAUUCUUCUGCUUACCCCUUACAGACCAGAUGUUUGCCAUCCAGCCAGGGCUAGCUGAGGGGGGCCAGUUCCUGGGGGACCCACCUCCUGGGAUAUGUCAGCCCGAACUCCAACCAGACAGCAACUCCAACUUCAUAGCGAAUGCAAAGGAUGCCAAUGAGAAUUGGCAUGGAAUACCAGGCAAAGUGGAACCCAGCCUAAUGGGCAGCGCCCCCAAGUCGCCGUCUGACAACCAGGCCUUCCAGGUCCCUGGACUCCCAGAGGGGGAGGUUCGCAGUCCCCCAGAAGGGGCAGAGAUUCCUGGGGCUGAGCCUGAGAAGAUGGGUGGUGCCAGCACAGCCUGCUCCCCGCUAGAGGACAACGGCUAUGCCAGCAGCUCUCUGAGCAUUGACAGUCCUAGCAGCAGCCCUGAGCCUGCCUGUGGGACCCCUGGAGGCUCUGGCGCCCCAGACCCCCUUCUGCCCUCAGUGGCCCAGGCAGUACAACAACUGGAGGCUCAGGAGCGCUACAAAGAACGAGAGAAGGAGAAGCACCAUGUGCACUUGGUGAUGUACCGGCGCCUGGCCCUGCUCCAGUGGAUCCGGGGCCUGCAGCACCAAUUGGUUGACCAGCAGGCCCGUCUGCAGGAGAGCUUUGAUACCAUCCUAGACAACCGAAAGGAGCUUAUCCGCUGUCUCCAGCAGAGGGCAGCACCAUCCCAGGACCAGGGCUAAGGGUGUGCCCCAACAGGUGUGCAAGAGUAUAUAGAGUCCCACUUUCCCCCGGAGAGAGAGCAAGGCUGGCCUACUGUCAUCUGUCCAAGGGUUAUGCCGAUCCAUUCUCCUAGGAUUUCCCAGGCCACCUCUCCCUCUCGCUUCCCCUCAUCUAUUCCAGAGCUUGCUCUGCUAAGGUUAAUGGUUGUCCCUAAUGGUAUAUUUGGUGGCUGCUUUGACCUGCUCUGGCAACUUGGCUAUGAUUUUGUCAGGGGAGUUGGUAGAGAAUUGGUAUCAGGGAGGGAAACUGGGAAUAGUGAUGGAGACCGUGACGGGGGAGAGGGAUAAGAGGAGGAGAUAGGGGGUUGUCCCUCUGGAACUCUGCCUUUGGGCACAUGGGAGAUGGGGGAGAUGCCAGUGGCAGACCCUGUGAAGAACAGGGGAAUGGGAAUUCUAAAAUAUCAGUUCCCAAACAAACCAGACCUUUCCACUGCAAAAGGAACUUUUGAACACCAUAUUGAUUUAGGUUUCUGAUGAAAAGAAAUGUGUGUUUACAAGCUUGCUAGUGAUGGACAGGGUGUUCCAAGGGUUUUGGGAAAACUCUCUUGCCUCUCUGUGCCACUCUGGCUUUAGCAACAUUGAAUGUUGAAUUGAUUUGGUCCCUCUUCCUUGAAAUCAGACCUUCUGGGCCAGGAGGAGCUAGAGCUAAGCUUUCCAGGAUAGCCCAGCCUCUGGAAGCUUUAGGAUGCUUCCAUUACCACAUGGCCCCCUUCCAUCACUGCAUGACCCUUUCUGUAAACGGGCUGACAGGCUCCAGCAGAGGCUCUGUGAGGUGGAAUGCAGGUUAGUCCUGGGGAGAACCAAGAACUAAGGUAGACAAGCUCUCUGUUUACUUCUGGAAGCCAAGAGGAUGCAAGAUCUUGAUGGAUGAUCUUAAGUGGACCUAAGAAGAAACACUGGGUGAACAGUGACAUGGAAGUCACUGAUGUUGCCUCUGGCCCUCAGUUUCCUUGUCUGCAAAAUGGGGGACUCUUCCUGUCUCUAAAGAUUUCUCUCUCUGACGGGUGGGUGAAAGGUAUUAGGAGUGAGGGGAAGCAUGGGCUCUGGGACUUUCUGUCUUAAGCUUUUGCAAGUUGAGUGUGAAGCUGGCCUAUGGACCAAUCCAGGACAAAUAAACUGGAGCAGAGAAAAGAA